AAUGAUAAAAGCAUUGAAAUUGAAUUGACUGCAGUUGAAGAUAAUUUAAUCAACAAGAUUUGGGAAGAAUUUGAAGAAUUACCUGCAUCUCCCGCUUCUAAUGAAAUUAAGAGUUUGGAUAUAAGUUUUACUGGACAAGAAACUGAUGAUAAGAUUGCCGCAAUUAAGAGUGCUUGUUUUAAGAACAAUGUUGAAGGUAUUGUAGUGACUGCAUUGGAUGAAGUUGCAUGGAUAUUGAAUUUGCGUGGUCAAGAUAUUGAAUACAAUCCUGUAUUUUACAGUUUUAUGAUUAUCACCAAGGAUGUAACUAAAGUAUUUGUUGAUGAAUGGAGAUUAUCGGCUGAAAUCAAAACUAAAUUAAAGGCCAAUAAUAUCAUACUCGAAAGUUAUGGUUCAUUUUAUUCUGAGUUAAACACCAUAUCCAAACAAUUCACUGUCAACAAUAAACUGUUCUUUAUUCCAGAUAAUGCCAAUUGGGAAGUUGUUCGUAACUUGAAGUGUGCAUUUGUUCAAAAACUUUCACCAGUGGAAGAAUUAAAGGGUAUUAAAAAUGAAGUGGAAUUACAAGGUGCCAAGAUUGCCCAUUUAAAGGAUGGUCGUGCUUUAGUGAAAUUCUUUGCAUGGUUAGAAGACCAAUUGAUUAACAAACAAGAAUUGAUUGAUGAAAUUGAUGCUGAUGAAAAAUUAACUGAAUUUAGAAAGCAAGAGGACAAUUUUGUUGGAUUAUCCUUUGCUACUAUAAGUGCCACUGGUCCUAACGGUGCUAUUAUUCAUUAUAAACCAACUAAAGGCCAAUGUGCUACAAUUAACCCUUCUAAGAUAUACUUAAAUGAUUCCGGAUCUCAAUUCUUGGAAGGAACUACCGAUACCACUAGAACUAUUCAUUUUGAAACACCAACCAGCGAAGAAAAGAGAAAUUACACCUUGGUCUUGAAAGGUAACAUUGCUCUCUCCACUUUAAGAUUCCCGGAAAAUACAACUGGUAACUUGAUUGAUUCCAUAGCAAGACAAUAUCUCUGGAAGUAUGGUAUUGAUUACGGUCACGGUACGUCCCAUGGUAUUGGUGCUUAUUUGAAUGUUCAUGAAGGUCCUAUUGGAAUUGGUCCUCGUCCUAAUGCUGCUGCUAACGCCUUGAAACCUGGUCAUUUAAUCUCCAAUGAACCUGGGUUUUAUGAAACUGGUGAAUACGGUAUUAGAUUGGAGAAUGUUAUGUUUGUCAAGGAUAGUGGGUUGCACUAUAACGGCAGAAACUUUUACGAAUUUGAAACUAUCACAAGAGUCCCAUUCUGCAAAAAGUUGAUUGAGGUUUCCAUGUUGAGUGAAGAAGAAUUGGCCUGGUUAAAUAACUACCAUGCUACCAUUUGGGAUGAAUUAAGUGGUACUUUUGAAAAGGACAGUAUUGUUUACAAAUGGUUAAGGAGAGAAACCGAGCCAUUAGCUUUGUCCACAUAG